UUCAUACACUAGAUCAGAGUCAAUCAGAGUUCAGAGCGGACCAUAUACAUCUGUACAACACCAACUCGCUCAAGCGAGAAUCGGUGAACUAGUUUUUCAUUUUUGAAAUUUUUCGCAAACGAGCCGGUUGGUUACCGUUGGAUCCUUCCUCGUCGACCUAUCGUUGUAUAUUCACGUGCUGUUCGUAGGCUGUUAACGCCAUAUCGCAGUCAGUGAAUUAGAGAAAUGAAGUGAUUUUACUGCUGUUUGAAGUCUGAAGCGUGCAUUUUGGCUUCGAGAAGAUGAUGCGUGCGUAACAAAUUAGUGGAAUUUUUUUAAUGUUCAUGUUCAGUUGCAUAUCCCUUGUAUUGGAGCAAGCGAGGUGGCAUCCACUGCAGCUAUGGGUGUAAUUGAUCCUUGUACACUGGCAGCUUUUCAAAGUGAAAAUGAUCUUUUUCACCCAUGUGAGGUGUCACCUCAAGUUUUAUGGACGUUUCUCAUGAUCUUUGACUUGGACUGGUGCAAGAAGCCAUUCUGGGAGAUGAAUCUGCGCUUCGGUGUGUGGUAAGUGCACGAUAUUCCUGUCUUUCUAAUUUCGUAAUUCUAGAUGGUGAAUUAAAGAAACAUCUUUCUUUUUGAUACAGAUUUGUUUUCAGAACAUUCAUUUGAGGACAUAGUAUCUUUCUUACAAUCAUUUUUGCUUUUCAGAUGCCUCUUCCAGAGAUGGCUUCUGAAGCAAUGCAUAUUAGACCCUACGAGUUUGACCCUAAGAUGGCU